UUUGCUUUCGAAGACACACCUUCAAAUGAAACGCCAUUCAUGUGAUACAUUUGUUUCCUUCGAUGUCAGCUGAGGGCGAUAGAGGGAGGUGUGUUCCCUGAGUCCAGAGAAUUCCCUCACUCCACAAUAACUUGCACAUUGGAAACGUCAGCUAACAAGGCGGUCGUCAUCCAUUCUAAUGUUCUCAUGGAAAGGUAAAGAAGUUGGAUCUUUACUUCUGAAAUGUAACAUCCUCCGGUUCCCUGAGAAAAACACGCUGAUGGACCGUGUUUUCUCUGUCAUCUUUACAAAGAAAUUUACUUAACUUAAGACAAUGAAAGGAGAGGAAGGAUUUACUCUUGGUAGAUUGGUGUAAUUCGCUUCUUUGUCAAUGCUGUAAGUAUAACAUGGAAUGUAAAUAAUUCGCGGGUUUCUGCCAUCUCUGGACGGUUGUACAAACUCUCAAAAAAGAAUGAAGUAGCCGCUAUGGAUCUGGACAAUGCCCCGUACUCCAAACUCAGACCAGCUGGAGUCGGGGGGAGAGCCCUGGUUCUCUGGGUUCUGCUGUCCUGCUCCUGUUCCGUGGGGCUCGCUCACACACCUGCUGAAGAUGUGGAUGUGCUGGAGCAGUUGGGACUCACUGGGAGAAGAAGUCCUCCAUCGUCCGGGUCCCGCUCCGCCCCCCAGGGAGUCAUCCCCUUCAAGUCUGGGGUCAUCCUUACCCAGCGGGCCCGGGUCCAGACCGCUGUGGGGUCCGUCUUCCCCUCCGGCAGCACCGACCUCUCCCUGAUCCUCAGCCUCCGGUCCCACCGCGUCGCCAGCGCCUUCCUCUUCACCGUCCUGUCCAGGAGGAGGAAGCUGCAGCUGGGCCUGCAGCUGGUCCCCGGCCAGGUGCUGGUGCACCUGGGGCCGGAGAACUCUGUGAGCUUCGACUACGACGUUCACGACGGCCGGUGGCACCACCUGGCCGUGGGCAUCCGCGGCCGGCGGGUCUCGCUCGACACUUCCUGCGGGAGGACUAGCGUCCACGCGGAUUUGCAUUCGAAGGGGGAGGAGACCCUGGACCCCGAGGGCUCCUUCCUCCUGGGGAGGAUGAACCAGAACUAUGCGCCGUUUGAAGGCGCCAUUUGUCAGUUUGAUAUUUAUCCGUCUGCCUUGGCAGCUCAUAACUAUUGUCGGUACCUUAAGAAACAGUGCAGGGAGGCGGAGACGUACCGGGCAAAUCUACCCCCGCUCCUUCCCCUUCUUCUCCAUGACCCUAACUUUACUGUCACCCCUGUAGCCCCUCGGUCGUUGACAGAUGUAUCCAGGAAGGCCCUUAGCCCUGGUUUCACCCUGACUGGGGAAAAGACCAGGACUAAUCUUUUUCCGACUCAGAGUUCGUCGUUACUCAACCUGUCCUCGUGGAGUAACGGUGGGAUGACCCCAAAACGUAGUUCCAUAUCCCUCUCUCUUCCUGCAACACCGGCUCCUUCAACAGCUCGUCCCGGGCUAGAGCACCCCCUCCAGGCUGUGGCCCAAACUGUUACUGCCCCCCUCCGGACCAGUGGAACACAAAUGUCCCGACACGGCGGCCCUAAAACCGGCGACGCAGGCUUCAGUUUCAAAAGGCAGCCACCUCAGGGGAAAAGUAUGGCCUCGCCAGUUUCCACCAGGCCACCUGAGGCGCAGACAAAACCGUCCUCCACCACAGCGCCCAGAGAGAUGUCAUCUUCGCACACGUCCGUCCAGAAGAGGCAGACAGCAGUGCUUCCAAAGAAACCUAAGCCAAAAGUGCUGGGUGUGCAGGACGUCAACCCCACCUGGCCUUCCCUCGUCACUCCGGCUGCCACAGAUGGCUUCCAAACGUUUGGUUUGGAACCGACCCAGUUUUCCCUGCUGGCAGGACCCACGGGCCUGAAGGGGGAACCAGGACCAGUGGGACAGAUGGGACCUCCGGGGAAGCCCGGCCAGCCAGGAAGGAGAGGUCCUCGGGGUCCUCCUGGUCCUCAUGGCAACCCUGGUCGUCCCGGCCCGUCUGGACACAAGGGACACAAAGGAGACCCCGGCCUGUCACCUGGUGGAGCCCCUAGUGGAGAGAAAGGACAACUUGGCCUGCUGGGAUGUCCGGGGCUGUCCGGCCAAGUAGGUCGCAAGGGACUGAAAGGCCACCCUGGUCCGCCUGGCCACCCUGGAGAUCCAGGUGAUCGUGGAGCUGAUGGAAGCCCAGGGGCUAAAGGUUAUCCUGGCAGGCAGGGUUUACCUGGGCCUGUGGGUAACAUGGGGCCUAAAGGAUCCAGGGGCCACAUAGGAACCCCUGGUCUGUAUGGCCUACUUGGACCAGAUGGGGAGAGGGGACUUCCAGGCCUACACGGAGAGAAGGGCAAGACGGGUAGGCCGGGGUUUCCUGGAGACUUUGGUGAACGUGGACCACCGGGGCCUGAUGGGAACCCAGGAGAACUGGGUGCGCCUGGUCCAAGUGGAGUACCUGGCCUCAUAGGAGACAUGGGGUCUAUGGGCAUCAUGGGCAUAUCUGGGCCAGGUGGACUAAAGGGGUUGUCCGGUAACCCUGGAGAGGCAGGACUGAAAGGUGAUCAGGGUGAAGUCGGUGUGCCGGGCAAGCCAGGAGAGACAGGGUUCCAGGGUGACAAGGGUAUACAGGGUUCCCCAGGGUUGCCAGGCAGCAUUGGGAAACCAGGUCCGCGGGGGUCGUCUGGUGACCAGGGGCCUGACGGACGCCCGGGGCCCCCGGGCCCUGAGGGCUUCCCAGGUGACAUCGGCCCACCUGGUCACAACGGGCCCGAGGGGUUAAAGGGGAAGCCUGGAGCCAGAGGUUUAACAGGUCCAAGAGGAACACCAGGUCUAGAGGGGGAUGGAGGAGCUCUAGGACCACCCGGAGCCAUGGGACCAGAGGGCAGACCUGGGAGGCAAGGCUUCACUGGGAGCACGGGCGAGGAAGGACUGAAGGGGGAGAGUGGGAUGAUGGGAGAGGUCGGAAAGCUUGGAGAGAGGGGUCCUGUGGGGUUCAUCGGGCCAGUGGGAGACUCAGGCCUGGCAGGAGAGAAGGGUGACCGCGGGGAGGUGGGCCUGCCGGGGCCUCCAGGGGAGAAGGGAGCGAUGGGCCACCCUGGAACCCCUGGGGGAAAUGGACCAACAGGACCACAAGGCCUCCCAGGGCAGGCUGGCUCGCGUGGAGUCGGCGGCGGUAUCGGAUCUAAAGGCAAGAGGGGACCGACGGGCCCUAUUGGUCCUGCUGGGGAGGAUGGGUCCAGUGGGCGGCAGGGUUCUUAUGGAGCGCCGGGGAAGUUGGGCUUUCCAGGAGAGAUGGGAAGGAUUGGGGAGUCUGGGGAAGCUGGUCCCAAGGGAUUCCCAGGGACCCCGGGACUCUCAGGAUCUCCAGGGGCCAAAGGAGUUGGAGGAGAGCCAGGAGCACAAGGGCCGUCAGGAACCAUGGGUCCGCUGGGGGAGAUGGGACUGAAGGGUCCGCCAGGAAAGGCGGGGGAUCUGGGAUUACCUGGAGAACCUGGGGAAAAGGGGGACCUCGGGCCGACAGGGACCACUGGGGAGCAGGGCCUGAUUGGUCAGAGGGGGGAGCCAGGGCUGGCCGGGGAGGCGGGACACGGCGGACCUGAGGGAACCAAGGGUGAGAAGGGGGAGGCUGGCCCAGAGGGCGCCCAGGGAGAGAGGGGCCACGUCGGACUGAAAGGGAAGGAAGGACCUGUCGGACCUCCAGGCCUUGUGGGCGUUAGGGGCGUGGAGGGGAAGUCUGGAGAAGCGGGAGAAAGGGGGAAACCAGGAGAGAAGGGUAGCAAAGGUCAUCAGGGUUACUUGGGAGAGACUGGGCCAAUCGGUGAACAAGGAGAGGCGGGAUUUGUCGGGUCAAAGGGAUCGCGAGGAACAAUUGGGCCAAUGGGAGUCCCUGGGAGGAUGGGCCUGCAAGGGGAAGCAGGCAUAACAGGAUAUGAGGGUCACCAGGGACCCCAGGGCCCACUGGGACCUCAUGGAACUACAGGUGAAAAGGGUGACCAUGGAGAAGACAGUAAGCUCGAAGGUGCUCCUGGCCCUCAAGGUGACAGAGGUCCAGUGGGACAAAGGGGGAACCGGGGAGAGGCAGGUGAUCCAGGCUACCAGGGUCUCCCAGGUGUGGAAGGGUCGCGAGGCAAAGCGGGUGCGACUGGCUCCCCUGGAAACACCGGCCCCAGGGGACUCCAAGGCCUCAAAGGUUCUAAAGGUGACCAAGGUAGGAGAGGCAAACUGGGGCCACGGGGGACACCUGGAGCCAGCGGAUCCACAGGUCAGCAAGGUCCAACAGGUCAGAGGGGAGUGGUGGGCAGGGAGGGGCUCGAGGGGCAGACGGGGUCCGACGGACCAGCCGGGAGAAAUGGUGCCAACGGCCUGAAGGGGGAUCAGGGGGAGGACGGAGAGUGUGGCACCACUGGUAAAGCUGGGCCGACUGGGGAGAGAGGCUCGUCUGGACUACCGGGGAGUCAGGGCUCGUUCGGACCCAAGGGAGAGAGGGGUCUCCCGGGGCAAACUGGAGCUCCAGGAAGGAGAGGAUUCAUUGGCGGGAUGGGGUUGCCAGGUUUUCAGGGGUAUAAGGGGAUCAAAGGACAGCUGGGUGACACAGGUGAACGGGGUCUCCAAGGAAUUCUGGGAAUGUUGGGACCAAAGGGGCCUCCCGGAGAUUCAGGGCCAGCUGGGAUACAAGGACCCAAAGGGCCACGUGGCUUGACAGGCAAGGGAGGGGGGAUGGGGCCCCUAGGGAUUAUCGGCCCCAGUGGGAAUCCAGGGCCCCCGGGCGACAAGGGGAGCGGAGGGGACAUGGGUUUACAAGGACCAACGGGACCUCCUGGUCCUCGCGGAGCCCCCGGAGCGCCCGGACUUCAGCCUUCUCCUCUGUCGUUCAGUUACCAGGACAUGGAUGUCCCCAUGCUGGACCAGGGGAAUGAGAUCUUCAGGACCCUCCACUACCUCAGCGACCUGGUCCAGAGGCUGAGGAACCCGCUAGGAACUCAGGAUAACCCCGCCCGCGUCUGCCGGGACCUGCAGGACUGUGAACACAAGAUGACUGAUGGCACAUACUGGAUUGACCCAAACCUGGGCAGCUCUGCAGACAACAUCGAGGUCACCUGCAACUUCAGCGGAGGGGGCCACACCUGCCUGAACCCCGUCACAGUGUCGAAGCUGGAGAUGGGAGUGGGCCGCAUCCAGAUGAGCUUCCUCCACCUCCUGACUUCCGAGGCGUCGCAGCGGGUCACCGUCCGCUGCCUGGACACCCCUGUGUGGGCCACGGGCCCCUCCCUGCAGCCCUCCUCUCGAGCCCUGGGCUUCCGCGCCUGGAACGGGGAGGUGAUCCAGGCAGGAGACCUCCUGGAGCCCCAAGUCACCAGGGACGACUGCUGGAUCAAAGAUGGCCGCUGGCAUCAAACCCAUUUCCUGUUCCAGACCCAGGACCCGAACUUACUGCCCAUUGUGGACGUGUUCAACUUGCCCGCCUCAAAGCCAGGCUCCCACUACCACCUGGAGGUUGGGCCUGUGUGCUUUCUAUAGAGGCUCCCGGAGUCCCGAUUCACUACAGGGGGGUGGGAGGGGAGACUGCGGAUGGACGUUCCUCGUCUCUCCAGGUCCACACUGGGGUUGGCACGGAGCCGCAGCGAACCUUCACCAUAUGCUUGGACUGCAAAAACACGAGGGGAGGGGAGGUCACAGAGAGGGAUGGACCUGCAGAGGAUGUCUAGCACUAGUCCCUUCUGAGGAGAACAUAAGCUUGUGUCACAAACUUGUUUACCUGUUACUGAAGACCUGGUGGGGGGAAGAGGACGGUCUCAUCUGGUGUAACUCUUAAGACGGCACCUCAGACUUAUGCUUCCCUUCAUGGUCUGAUAGCCUCGUCACAUGAACUCUAAACAUGCUUUAGAAGAGAGGCAUGUUUGAUAUUGAUGUAUUUUCAUAUAGUAUUAACUGUUCUGCGUAUACAUAUUGUUUAUACAUGUUAACUGUCCGUAUGUUGUAAUAUAAAGUGCAAUAGAUCUUUUGCCGGAGUCUUUCAAAGCAAUUCAGGUAACAACAAUGAGAUCUCAACAUUUGACCAGGUAUUCAGGUUUGUACUGUACUCAAACAGUUCAUGCACACAGGUCUCCAGGUAAGUUUUUCCAUUUAGAGUGUAUGUGAAGUUUAAAUGACUAGUUGUAGUCAUUUAAACACACGAGAAACUAACUCCAUCUGUCUACCUUCCAACUCAGCUAGCUAUACUUUAACAAUGUUCAGAUAUAUAAAGAAAAUUGGUAUUCUGGUGCCACAAUGAAUGACAGACUCCAUUGGUUGAUUGUGAUUAUUGUGGUCAGUUCUAUGGGCCUUUCUGAGGGAAUUACAUGCAAAUGAACGCAGGUGGUAUCAUUUAUAUUCUCAAACAGGCCAUUUCAAAUCAUUAUUUUUCUACUCCCUGUCGUUUAGGUAUGAUUCUCACUCAAGGUUCAAGCAAUACCGUUUGACUGUUAAAAAUGUUAAAUGUGUAUAAUAACUAUUACAUUUUGUAUACAAUUUAUCCCAGUGGAAUAAUAAUGCUAAUUUAUAUUAUUUAAAUGUCCAUGGGAUUGGCAAUUUGUUUCAUUUAAACCGGAUGCCAAUUUAACAUAUCUGCUAAACAUUUUGUAUUUUGUAUAGUUUCAUCAAAGCUUUAAUUUUAUAUUUGUUUUUAUUACGUGGCCUGCUUGUGGGGCAUUUCCAACACUUUGUUUGUGAAUGUCUGGUGCUCAAUUGGACCAAUUCUACCAAUAACCUCUGAAUACAUCUCAACUUCACACACAAUUUAUUACAAUCGUAGCUAUGUAAGUAAAAUUACUGAUUUUACUUUUCAAGUAUAAGUUUCCUUUCUUCAACAGACAGAUGUUCAAUAAAAAAAUCCAAGUUGAUA